UAGGGGGCGCGACUCGGAGGGCCGGGCCUCCACCUCCGCCACCGACCUCCUCAGCGCUGUCAGCACCGUCUCUGGGGGCAAGUCGACCAGCUCCUCCCACACGGACUCUGUGUAGAAGUUUACCGUAUGUGCAUUGGAAAUGGACAAGGCGUCCCUCAAGAACCGCAGCAGUCUCUGCAACUUGGCCCGCAGCGUGGGCAGGUCCGGGGUCACGGGGAGACGACCAGAAGCAGCCAUGACGCUCACCCUCCGGGGCUGUAGGUGGCGCAAACAUGGCUGUGCGGCAACAGCGCGACCAAAAGUAGCACAGGCCCUAUAAGUUGAGGUCCGAGUAGAGGCGAUCGAUUGCUUCAGUUUGAUGACGUAUUUUGAGAGCGUCUGUUGUGAUUUUUUUCUGGCGCCGGAAUUCGUCUGCGGAAAUGGCGCCGGUGAGGCUGGCACGGUGGCAGCAGAACGGGGGUUUGGGGACACGUGGCGAAGGGGGUUCUUCGGUCGCAUUCAGGAAUAAGAAUGUGAAACAGAGGAUAUGGCGGCCAGACAAUUCGCAAGCCUUCGUGGGGAGCGUUCGCGAGGGACAAGGCUUUGCGUUUCGGAGGAAACUGAAGAUUCAGCAAAAUUACAAGAAAUUGCUAUGGAGGAAAAAGAAGGCUCAAACAUCACAGGAAUCCCAAUUCAAAGAUCGAUACCCAGAUCAUCUGAAACAUCUCUAUUUAGCUGAAGAGGAAAGACUCAGGAAGCAACUAAGAAAAGUUGACCAGCCUUUGUCAGAAGAGCAAGUUGACCGGCCUUUGCAUGAAGAACAGCAUAGCAUUGACCAGACUUUGUCUGAAGAUCAGUGUAGCUUUGACCAGCCUCAGCCAGAAAAACAAUGUAGCAAGACAGUAAAGUCCUUUAAUAUGCCAAAGAAAAAUAAAAAGAAAACAUCAAAUCAAAAAGCACAAGAAGAAUAUGAACAGGUACAAGCUAAGCGUGCUGCUAAGAAACAAGAAUUUGAGAGGAGAAAACAAGAGAGAGAAGAAGCUCAAAGGCGCUACAAAAAGAAGAAAAUGGAAGUGUUCAAAAUAUUGAGUAAAAAGACUAAAAAGGGCCAACCAAACUUGAAUUUACAGAUGGAGUAUCUUCUUCAAAAAAUACAAGAAAAAAACUGAAUCAUAUUUUUUUCCUCACAAGUUAAAUACCUGCUGUUUGUUGAGUUCUUUUGUACGUGUAAUAGGUACCUCCGAACAAUGAACUUGAUUCAUCAACAUAAACUGCAUUGCUAAACUCUACUAAAUAUAAAAUGUCCAAAUAUUUUUGUUCUUUUAAAAGAAACUUUUCUAUAUAUGCUCUACAUAACAUGUUUCUUACUUAUUUGCCUCUGAAGGAAGGUUGGCCUGAAGAACUGAAAGAACCUUCAAUUUGGGAGACAGGCUCAAGCAUGUAGUACUUUUGUACCAUAUGAAAUUUGUAUGAAAUAAAAUGUUUUGAAAAUAAAGGAUCAGAGCUUCCAA